AUCGAGCGCGUUUAAGAUAGAAUCGUUUAAGAUAGAUACGUUUACAUAUAUUUUUUUGGGAGGGGGAGUGCGUGUGUAUGUGUAUGAGAGAGAGCGAAAGAGCAAGAGAGAGCGAGCGUAAGCGUGCGUGUGUGUUCUGUCGAGAAGGGAAAUAAAAAAGACAGGAGACCGGGGGCAGCCAGCUCGAAGCUCCAAGCAGCACCAAGCCAUGGAGGGCGAUGUGCGUGUGCGAGCAGUGGUGAUGACACGUGACGAUUCUAGUGGUGGCUGGGUGCCCCUUGGAGGUGGAGGCCUCAGCAAUGUUGUCAUCUGUAAAGGAAGGAGUUCUGAAAGCCAAGCCCAGAAGGAGUAUCUCAUAUGUGGAGAGCGGCUGCGCGAUCGAGCACCCGUGCUUGAAUGUGCCAUUCAAAAGGGUCUGAUCUACAACAAAGUGAACCCCAUAUUCCAUCACUGGCGUGUGGAGGAGAGGAAGUUUGGCCUGACCUUCCAGAGUCCAGCUGAUGCCAUUUCUUUUGAAAAGGGCCUUCAAAUUGUCCUUGACAGGCUGGACAAAGGCUUUGACUCUCCUUCUUCCUCCACAACUGAGGAAGGAGACACAGAAGAUGAUGGCCAAACAUCUCACACAGGCAGUGAAUCAUCCUCCAACAGCAGAAAGGAGAUGUUACCCAAGCCCAUAACCAUAGUCACUAGCGAGUCGUCUACUUGCUUUGUCCGCUCUGCAGCAGAGGAAUUUGGAUAUGGGGAAGGGCAUGCCAUCACUAUUCAGACCCCUGGACAGGUGAAUAGGCGGUCCUGCCAGCACCAGCUUUCCCAAGCAUCAGUUAUGUUGAAUCCUCCAGCCCCUCCUCCUCCUCCUCCUGCUCCCCCAACCUCUCCUUUAGCACCCCCAACCUCCUCACCCCUGUCCUCACUUUCCCCUACUGUGUCCUUACUGGAGGAAGGUGACCUACACAAUAUAGAUCCAUGCAAGGAUUUAUGGGGCUCACGUGGAUAUGAGGACUAUCGACGUGCUGAGGCUACACGGACAAAAGUUGGGGGUCUGACAGGCGGUGUCAUGGUAGGACGUGGUCCAGAUAAGUCAGAACUGUGUGUGGUGCACUUUGAGAAAGAAUUACCUAGUGUAGGUACUACAGGAUGUGAGGUCACUGUUAUAAUGGACACCAAAGGUUCUCGGCGCCACUCCUCCUCACCAACCUGUAUGCCUAAUGCCAUGUCUGGAGCAUCUCCUGUAAGUGGCUCCCCACAGGAGACAGGCAAAAGCUCACCCUCACCAUGCUGCAUCCAUACUUCACUUGCCACACCUCGCUCUCGGACUCGCAAAAGAGGGGGCAGUGGGACCAGUGGGGGGGGGGAUGCCAUCUCACCUGAUGAUGACAGCCCAUGUCCACAAGGCUCGUCCUCAUGCUCAUCACGCUGUGUGUACUGUCGCUCGGUGUUUAGUGCCUCAGAGAACGGACGUGGCCGUUGCCGGGAUGCACCAGAUCCAGCUCUACACUGCCUACGUCAGUGGACGUGUGUGUGGUGUGCUGAGAGCCUGCUUUACCACUGCAUGUCAGAUUCUGAAGGAGAGUUCUGGGAGCCAUGUUCAUGUGAAGACUCGCUUGGGCGUAGGCCACACCCACUUUGCUGUGCUGGCUGGAUGGCACUGCUGGCACUGUCACUCUUUGUGCCCUGCAUGUGCUGCUACUUGCCCCUGCGAGCAUGCCUGCGUUGUGGGGAAAGAUGCGGUUGCUGUGGUGGAAAGCACAAGGCUGUGCGAUGAGACCUGGCUUUGAGAGGUUAUAAGGCCACUGAGAGAUUGGAGGUAGAGGGAAGGGAAGACACCAAAUGUUUUUCAUCUAAAGAAUUGCCAUAGCGCAAGAUCUCUCUCCCCACAAUCCUCUGCUGCAUUCCAUUUAUACUCUACCAGGACCCUUAAUGGUGGUGCCAACACACAAUGCACUGGCACUGGCUCCAACUGACUGUUGUUGAGGCUUAUAGAAGGUGAAUGCUGAAAACACCAAUGUGUAAAGCUAGGUUGUUUUUUUGUUUGUUUUUUUAGUCAGAAAGACAAUACAAGACAAAAUUACAAAAAUGUAUAUCUUGCUUUCCUUAACAAUGAUAGAUAUUUGUUUAUAUAACAUUUAUUAACAUGCUCCCUUUUACCUCUUUACACAGUUUUGCCUCAAUGUUCCAGACAGGUUAGAGAGAAAGAAAAAUAUACAGAAAUGCAUUGGCAUACAGAGGCAUACCGACUUUGUGUCUUUUGAGCAUUUCUUAUGUAAGUAUGAGAACACUGUUCAGGAAGAUUUUUUGACAUAACAGUGAGUGGAAGGGUACUUAUAGGUAGGAUCACUAAAAUUGCAAUGCACAAACACACUUAAGAAAAUUAAAGUAGUAUUGUAUUUUAAAGUC